UCUCUUGUGUAAAAUGAUGGAUCGAUGCUAGAAUCGCGUGUGGCUGCCGAGACGGCGUCAACCUACCUACCUACCUACCUAUGGCGGGGUGCUUGCUUUGCCACUUGCUGCUGUAGGACAUCAUCGCUACAUGAGGACACGGACGCAUAUCUUAUUUACACGGGACUUCGGGGAAACGGGUAGUUCGGAUCGAAGCAUGCCAUGCAGAAUAAUUAAGAAGGAUGCUACCAUGUGUAAGCGUUUGAGGCAAAUUUCCUCUCAUAAGGUUCCCCCCCGCCCCUCCUCUCUGCUUGGUAACCUUCCCGGGGCCAGGACGGACGAAAAAUAUAAACAAGGGACAGAAAAGGUACUAGGCGGCCAAGGCAAGAUCCGAGAAGUCGGUGAAAGUAUCUGGCUCGCCCGUCGUGCAGCAUCGAGGUACGUGGAGAUACGUACCGGGCCCAGGCCGCUAAAGCCACGGCGCGGUUGCCAUUCGAUUCGGCAUCAGCCGAUUUCGACUCCUCCUCAGCCCAUUCCCGCUCACUCCCCAAAUUUAUCGCCAGACCCUUGGCCCAAACAUGGCAGCAUACACCGUCAUGUCGCCCGCCUGGUUUGAAAUGUCGCCCUCCUGGUUUAUAUCAAUCCAAAUUUACUGCCGCGUCUCCUGCGGCUGUUGCGAUUUGAAAUCCUCAAACUUCUUUCUCGGGUUCUAUCGCGAACGCAUAACUAGUGUC